AUGGCUCUAGAAAACAAGUAUGGUAAUAGAUGGAAAAGCUUCAAGACCUCCUUGAAUCGCAUGUGGCAAUCAAGGAACCGCGGUAAGUCCGUCCCUGAGUACUUGGAACUUCAGGAUAUGAACGAGCAGGGAGCAACCGCGCGGGAAACCGUAGAGUGGGCAACGCAAGAGCUAACGCAGCGCUAUUCCCACUUCGAGGCCGACGACGUAAGGCUCACAGAACGCGGAAACAAAGUCCUCAUAAGCGUUCAAGACAUGAGAUAUCCCAACAAAAACCUUUGGACCAAGCCACAAGUCCUCUUUGACGAAAAUGGCUCGGUCAAGGUUAACGUGGCAAGAUUAAGAGGCUUUCAACUAGCUACCCGAAGUGCGUUGGAAAGGUUGGAAGCCCUGAAUGAAAGGGUCGCACUAGAAAAACGCGCCGAGGGGCUACGAGAAACGUUGGAAGAAAGGGAAGCAGAUUACAUGAGGCAAAACCGACUACUUCUCGAUGCUCAAAAGAGAGAACUUGACGACAAAAAUCAGCUAAUAGUACAGAUGAGAGAACAAAGAGACAAUGCCCUACGCGAUAGAGACCAAGCCCGACACGCCUUCAAUCUUGCUCUAAAAGACCUGGAUAUGAGCAAGGAAGAAGCUMAAAACUUGCAUAUCACCAUAACCGGCUCUUUGGAGGAACGGCGGCAGUUGGUUGCCGAAAUCAACACUAAAGAGGAGCAAAUCCGGCAAAGAGAUCAGGCCAUCGAAGACCUGGAGGGGCAAAUAGAGCGGCAGCAGGAAAUAAUUGCGGACCAGGCUCGUCCCGAAGAAGAAAGGAAAGCAGCUCAAAAGGAAGUAGAUAUGCUUGAAAUACACCUUGCGGAAUUACAGGCGGAAAAGGAAAACCUGGAAAGAGAAUUGGGGCUUACUACCAAGGAAAAGCCAGGCAGAUAG